AUGCAGCCCUCGUCCCUGCUUUUUUAUUAUACGCCCCUGCUCUCGCCAAUCCCUUACCCCGCUCUGCCCCAUUCACUCACACAGCCCAAGUCACCCUGUGAAAUCCGCCUGGAGCGGCUGAGGAAGCGCAUGCGGCAGCUGGAGCAGGAGAACCUUCAGAGUCCCAUCCCAUCCCAUCCCAUCCGAGUGUGGCCUUUCCUGUGCGGCCCUCCUACCCUCCUUCCCUGGUCAUCUCUUCUCUGUGCCUUUUCCCCACAGCCUAAGUCGCUGUACGAGAUCCGCCUGGAGCGGCUGAGGAAGCGCAUGCGCCAGCUGGAGCAGGAGAACCUCCACGUGGAGGCGCGCCAUUGGACGAUGCGCGGCGAGGUGACAGCUGGCAGCCGCCCGAAGAACAGUGCGCUGGCCGCUGACCUGGACUUUGAGCACGCUGCCCGGCCGCCGCCCGUGAUUACAGAGGAGGUGACUCAAACGAUUGAGGAGAUCAUCAAGAGGAGGAUUCUCAACCAACAAUUUGAUGACGUGGAGCGGAAGGCCAAGCCCGUAGCGACACCUGUCAAGGGGAGAUUGGAGCUGGACGACAACCCGAGUGCUCAAGGCCUGGCGGAGAUUUACGAGGCUCAGUUCCUCAAAGCGGCUGGUCAGGCCCAAGAGGGCAUGAGCGCCACAGAGCAGAUCAAACACGAGGCAGCCCGCAUGUUCAAGCACCUCUGCACCAAGCUGGAUGCCCUCUCGCACUUCCACUUCGCUCCCAAGCCAAUCAUGGAUGUCGUUGACGUCACAGCCAACGUGCCUGCCAUUGCCAUGGAAGAGGUGGCGCCAGUGGCAGUGUCAACGGCAAGCAUGCUCGCGCCAGAGGAGGUGUUUGCAGGAGGGGAGGAGGGCGUGGGGGCGGGCGGAGGGAGGAGGGGGAGUGCGCGGGGGAUGGUGAAGGGCGAGGGGGAGAUGGAGCGGGAGGAUCGGAAGCGGCUGCGCAGCAAGCUCAAGCGCAAGUGGAAGGGAGAGAAGGCCGAAGACCAGAAGAGCGCACCGGCAGUCCCUGGGGCAGCGUCAAGUGCAGCUGGUGGUGCUGGCGCUGCAGCUGGCGGUGGUGGGCGCAAGAUUCGGGUGGUGGAGAGAGGGCAGCAGAAGCACGGGCUAUCGGAUUUCACCAAUUCAGCAAAGGUCUUCACUCACAUUCAGGAUAUCAGAGCAUCUGGCAACAAGAAGCAGCGGGCGGAAGCGCCAUCGCAGCACGAGCCUCAGCAGAUUCGGGCGGCGGCACUCAAGCUGUGA